CAUAAUUCCCGCCGAAUUUGUGCGGCGCGCGUGAAUAAUUGGAUUUCAGCAACGCAGUCAUAAUGCAUAAAGCCAUAAUGGUAACACGAAACAAAAAAACAGCUGGGGCCUCGUUGUGGGUAAUUGUAACUUGGGAAAUUUUUAGGCAAGUAAAUGUCAUGUCGCACUAAUAAGCAAAUAAAGACGAUCAAAUAGGCCUACUUAGUCUAGGUAUAAGUGAAAACAAGAGCAAGAGGCUAAUAGGCUCUUAAUGCAUUCGUUUAUUGGUAGUUUUAUAAUGUGAAUAUUCAAGAUUCUUAACCGGAAUAUUGACAGUGCAACUUCAAAAAUAUUCAAGCCUAAAGCGGUGCUCCGUAUAGAUGGACAUUUCUUGUGAUUAAUGUUUACGAGAGGAAGUGCACGUCUCCCACCAAAAAUCAAUCCCAGCACUCGAGCAGACGUAUCUUCAACACACAGAGACCUCCGCGCGAAGGUGAAUUUAAUUAAAGUUCUAACUCCCUGCUCUGGCCUCGACUCGUGCACGACACGACGCCAAUCCAUAUCCCUCCGCGGCCGUUUUCUCCUAUGUGCGCUUGGUGGUUGCUGAUCAUACCCGCACAUAGGCACAGCGCUGGACAGACGAUGACCGCCCGUGCAGUGUGUGCAUAAACCUAAUCGCCCGAGCCGACAGUACAAUCAGCCGAGCUGCGCGCGUGCAUACCCGUUGGCGCUGAUUAGAACUACCUUGCUAUCAGCAGUAGAUAGCACUCGUUGGACGGUCUACCUGCCCAAGACAAAGAAGGGAAGAGGGAGAACAUGGCGACCACCGAGGCGAAUACCGAGCAGACGACAGGUUCAGGCGAGCCGGCAGACCAGACAGCCGCUGCCGAUGCCACCACCAAGGGAACCGAGCCUGAGAUGCGAGCUGUGGUGCUGCAGUCCUUCGGGGGUGCCAACCGCGUGAAGGUGAUGAAGAAGACCGUCCCGACGCCUAAGGAUGGUGAGGUCCUAGUCCGAGUCAAGGCCUGUGGUCUCAACUUCUUGGAUCUAAUGACGCGCCAGGGAUCGGUGGAUGACUGCCCCCGGACGCCUUUCAUCCUGGGCACGGAGUGCUCUGGGUACAUCGAAGCGUUGGGCACAGGUGUGGAAGACCUCAAGGUCGGUGAUCGCGUUGUUGCCUUCCAACGCAGCGGCACGUUUGCUGAGGCCAUCGCCGUACCCACCAAGUACGUCUACGAGAUGCCCAACAAGAUGACGUAUGAAGAGGGCGCCGCACUGGGUGUGUGCUACGCAGCGGCUUACAUGAUGCUGUACGAGGUGGCUAACUUGACUAAGGGCAAGACGCUGCUGGUGCACUCAGCCGGUGGGAACUUGGGCAUUGCCGUGUCUCAGCUCUGCAAGAUGGUGGAUGAGAUCAAGAUCUUUGGCACAGCGUCCACCGCCAAACACCAAGCUAUCAACGACAAAUUUGACCACCUCUUUGACCGCACCGCAUGCGACUACGUUGAGGCAAUCAAGAAAAUUGAACCAAAGGGACUUGAUAUUGUGCUAGACUGUCUUUGCGGCGAGGACACAAACAGAGGCUAUGAUUUGCUCAAACCCAUGGGAAAAUAUGUUCUGUAUGGAAUCUCCAAUGUCGUUACUGGCGAAACGAGGAGUUUCUUCAGCUACGCAAGAACAUGGUGGAACGUGGACAGCGUGAAGCCGGGAAAACUCUGGGACGAGAAUAAGUCCAUGUCCGGCUUUCAGUUCUACCACUUUCUGUUCAACCAAGGCGGCGAGGAGGCGGUCACUACAGUCAUGAACGAGAUCUUCAAGCUUCACACAGUCAAUAUUCUCAACCCGAUCAUCGACUCCACCUAUGCCUUCGAGGAGGUUGGAGAGGCCAUGCUAAAGAUGCAUGACCACAAGAAUGUCGGGAAAAUACUCAUCAUACCAGAACAAGAACCAAAGCCAAAGCCUGUGACCGUGACAGAGACAGCUGCUUCGGAAGCCAGUAGCACAGACGACGUCAAAGAACCAGACACACCCAAGUAAACCGGUUUGUGAAGAGACACCGCCUGAGUAAUCCCUCCCGUGUACUAAUCUCGUGAUUUGAAAUUCCUUAAUCGGAUUACAUAGGAUUAGAACCAUAUAAAGCCUUAACAGCCACAUUAAACAUAAAUGCGUAUACUGAAAUUUUUUGUUUGCUCUGUCUAAUGCAAAACCAUUAAUGUAUGACUGCUGCCCGUUAUAUCACUGUCAAAGGUCUUUUAGAAAACUGAAAUCUAACUUGCUUCUUGAUGGCAAAAAUACUAACCAUUUGAGUUUAUACCACAGAAUCCGUUUAAGCCUGAAAGGAACCGAAAGGACUUUACAACGUUCUAAGAAAAAUUGCAAACUGCCACCGAAAAAAUAAAGCAGUUUGCGACUAGACUUCGUCGAACGACUUGGAGGAAUUAAAUUGGUCGGGUUAUUGAGUAUUGUGAUUAAAACUAUUGUUUGAAGAUUAAGUUGGUGUUAUGAGAAGUAAGGCAAGUUUUGAACAGGUAUAAUGUUAUGGUUGAAUUAUGGUAUAAUUGGUUGAUUUUGUUUCGUUCAUAGAUGUAUGGUUAUGUAUUAAUUUUGUGAAAUUGUAAGUUUACAAGUAGGCCUAUAUAAUUAUGACGUAUAAGAUGACGCUUAAACUAAUUAAUCAAGUGAUUUUAAUAUAGGUGGUACCAAAAAAGGGGAAAGUUUCGAGUAAGAGCUAGAUGAAGUACAGAACAAAAUUUCAAAUGAGUUUCACAAUAUCAGCUGCAGUGGAGGGUGGGAGAAAUAAGAUUUAUCGACGGGGAAAAUGGAACAGACGGUUCACUUUCGAUAUUUUUUUUGUCAGAAAUGGUUGGUACUUUCUGUAAUGAACGCUUCACGUUAUACGCGCUGAAUUAUAAAGCGAAAAAGACGCCUGGUUUACCGACAUAAUCCUAACAUACAUGUACAUCAAAAUGCCUUCCAUAAAUACAUGAUUAUUGAACCUUCCAUGAAAUUAUUCACACAAUAUAAGCAUUACGAGAAUGUACAUAAAAUGUUGGUGCUUGCAUGACUCAGUGUAACGUAAUGAGUACAUUAGGUGCAUGCGUAUAUAUAUAUAUGUAAAUCAGAAUAUAGUCGGCAGUGCCGUGGGAUUCGCGCCAUUACAAAGGAGCUUCUCGAUGCCACAUUAUCAGUAACAUAAUGACAUAAUGAAUCACAGGCGACGGAUCGUAUCUGCGAUCUUUCGUCCUCUUUCGGAGCUGCAUGGUUUCGGUACGAAUGAAGGUCUAACUGCGUUCGGACGCCCAAAGCGUCGCGUCGCAAGCCCACCAUGCAAAUAUCGCAGACAUUCCGACUGAUACGUAUCAUAGGCAUGCAGUCGCAGACUGUCUGCAGUGUGAUUACUGGUCGUUAGUGUUGAUGAAGCUUUCUGGUAUCGUUGCGAUCUACGAAUACUCAGUUAACACAUUGAAUAAGAGUCAAUCAGCCCAACACUGUAGUUUUAUCUGUAUAUUGAGAUGUAGAGAGAGACAAUAUAAAAAAAUAUAGUUUUAUAGAGGAAAAAUACUAAUAAUUAUACAAAAUAGUGAGGAACUGUUUGCAUACACGUUGUUUGUUCAAUCAUGCAAUGCAAUAUGAAAGUUGUUGGUAAAAAGAAAGUUUGGGACAUUAUAUAGUCGACUGUGUCUUUAGAAUUACCGAUGUAGGGCCUAAACGUAGUUUGUUUUGUGGAUGUCAUAGAUCUGUACAUCUUUGAAAGCCAAAACAUUGUGGAAAAAAAUAUUGCCAGUGUGAUAUUAAAGUCGGUGGCACUUUAAGCAAUGUAAAAUGUUCGCCUAAGCUUUCAAAAUCUAAAUAAUAAUCAAUGUAGAUCGAAAUAAUUGCAAUCAUGUUCCUUUAUCAAAGAACCCGUCUAAUUAAUAACGAAAAUUAUUAAAUUGUUGAAGCAUUAAACACACAUAUAGUAGGGCCUAAAGUGGGCCUCAAAACGGCGCCGUGUUAUACAUGCAAUAUAGAAACAAUGUUAUUGCGUCACACCAAACAAUUUCGAAAUUUGGGAUUGUUCUUUGUCUUUGGCCUCACCAGAUUCUAUAGGCUUUCUAAUACAUGUACUUGGAAAAAAUUCUGAAACAAUAAUUACGAGAAAAUGUUCUGAACCAGGAGUUGCAACUUUCCUCCCCUAGAUCCGCCGCAAGCACUCAUUAACAACUCUUGUAUUAUCAUGGUCAGAUUCAUAAAACUAUAAUACUGAGCAAAAGGCAGCAAACCCCGUUGAUGCCCGAUGCAGGUAUAUCGUUCUUUGUUAUGCUUUAGAAUGAUUCUGCAACUAUAAGGAUUACGCUGAAGCCGGAACGAGGCCAUAACCUAUAACCUAUAUGGCUUGUGACGCGAAUAGAAUUAUGUUAUGUGUUCUUUAUCAAGCUUCUGUUGAACAGACUUAGGCCUAAUUGGUUAUUUAACUAAAAGCAUGAAUGAAUUAUUGCAUGUGAAUUAAACCUCGUCAAUUAAAGAACUGGGUUCAGACUAUAAUGGUGUUGACAGCAGUAAUUGUAAAAAAAAAAUCGCUUGAGCUGUGAAGUCACAAAGCCCAUUACGUUGCCACCAUGACUGUGAUUAGUUUAGACUAUGAAAAUACUUCAGAUAUUAUAUUGGGAACUUCUCUCACAGUACGAUGCAUAAUUGUUUUGGGGUGUUUUUUUUGCAUUGUGCGAAUACCUCGGAAGCUUCACUAUACUUGGAACACAUGUACAGGUUGCUCAGACACUUGUUCAAGCAUGAUGCAGACAUUUUGUGCAAGACCAGUUUAAAGUUAUAGUUAGAAUUAAUUUUAUGAAUGCACAAGACUGUAUAAUGAAUCACUUAUAAACUUAAAACAGAGCAGUAACUAACCAGUGCAAAUAUAAUAAAAGCCAAAUAAAGAAUACAUUUA